AUGGUGAAAAAGAAAGGCCAGAAGAGUGCUCAGAGUAAGAAAAAAUUAGAUCUUGCUGCAGCUGUUGAGGCAGCCGAACAAGGAAAUGAGGAAGAUCUUUCACAGCUGAACUUGAAUUCAGAUGAGGGAUCAGUGGCCACAUCCGCGGAUCAGACAGAAAAUGGAAGCGAGAAUGACGGCGAAACUGCUACAGGGAAUGACGAAGGAGAAAGUGCCGUUCUUGUGAAUUAUAAUCCUCCCGAAGAAAGUGUUGAUAAGGGAGAUACAGGUAAAGUAUCUAAGAAAGAAAACUCUGACUUGUUCCACGUGACCACCAGUGACCGGCUUUUUAUUUCGAUUCAAUAUGUUUGCAAUUAUAAGUCAUAAUCCUUUCCUGCAAAUAUCAAACAUCGAAUCAUAUCCAUGUAGUGUGUCACAAUAAGGCAAUUUAUUUCAGUUUAUUUUUGUCAUAUAAAGUUUUCUUGUGAACUUCUCCCCACCUACUCGCUAAAUUUUUACUCUGUCAUACCGACAAAUUUAAUCAAAUCAACUAAUUAAUUACAGACCAACACAGCAAGUUUACGAUGGUUAUUCUUAUUUGCUUUAUUGUUUUAAAUGGCACCCACUACAUAUAUCAUUGUGACAUCAAAGGUGGCAGUGAUUUUUACUGGUCACCUAGAGAGAGGUAACAAAGGCCCCUUUUGUAGUCCAAUUGGUUUUAACAGAGCUUAUGAUCACUCUUCCUGGCUAAAAUGGUGUUGGUCUUGAAACUUGCCCCAGCUCCUUUGUAUAAAAUGAUCAUUUGGAACUGAAAUUCUCUUGUUGUUGUCUUUUUGUGAUAAAAGGAGAAUGGUGAACCCAAUUUUUUCUUGGUGUUUUUCGACUCGUUGUGGCUGCACAAAAUAUAUAUAUCUUAAGGUGAAAAAAUCUACUUAGAAAAAAUUGUAUUAUUUAGAUAUGAAUGAUGUUAAACUCUGCAUUUGGAGCCACAGAGAAGUAUGAGAUAAUGUUACAUUGUCCAUUUUUUUACGUGAUUGCAGGGCUCAAAAUUGUGACUGCUACAGUUGCCAGUGUGACUAAUAUUUUCUCUUUGGUGACUAAAACUUCUGGUUUAGUCGCCACUUUGGCGACCAGAUUUUUCUAUGAUUUAGAUUUGAGUUAAAAGAGUAAAGUUAAAGCAAACAUUUCAUCUUAUCUUGCUUUGCUUUUGUCAUAAAAAAUGUGCCAAAUCGCAUAAACAAAGGAGUUUACCUCGAAAUUUAUACCGACUUCUGUCCACGAUAUUUUCAAACUAUCAAAUCUGAUGGAUCUGGCCAUACUAUGAGCUGCAUCAUUUACAUUAUACAAACUGGCGACUAUAUUUCUCCAGUUGGUCGCCAAAAGGCGACCUGAGGAUUUUUUUAAUUUCGAGCCCUGCAUUGGGUCAUUUUUUUUGUACUAUGAUGCCGCUAAACUUUGUCAUACUAGCUAUCUGCAUGAGCUUAUUGGGAAAUUAUUUUUGAAUAGACGAAGCAGUAGAUGUGCACAAACUAAGCAAGAAAGAGCAAAGAAGACUGAAGAAAAAGGUAAAUAUGGUGAUAUUUUCAAAUCUAACGUUCCCAUGUAUGUAUUGGAUUGAGUUAGAGUCAUUUCAUCAUCUUCAGUUAGUUCUAAGUUUUAUGACCAUUGAGUUAGUGGCUACAUGUAGCCAGCUCACAGAAGAGCUAGUUAUAUGGUCAGAACCUCCUCUCUCAAAUAACAGUGAAAAAAAUAAUUGGGACGCAUUUAUAGUCAGGGCUUUUACUUUCUCUUUGCAAUGUGUGUACAUUAGUACAUGUUGGUGAGAAGUUGAACAGCUGGGAAGUUCUUUUGGUUCUGUUUUUCUCUUUUUUUCCUAUGAAAGUGACUGGGGGUCACACUCCCUGUACAUGUAGCCAGGGAAAGUCCCUAGCUCUUGGCCCUUGGUGACAGCCCUGAAUAGGAUAGAAAAGGGCGUUUUUCUAACCCCAGUUAGUAACAUCUGUGAAGCAGUGCCAAGAACCUUGUCCUGGGCCCUCGACAGACUUAACAAAUUGCCAGAAAUGCAUGUAAAAUUUCCCUGCAACCUGAUUGCAUAUAAGCAAAAGCUUUUUGAACAGUCCAAUCAUGGCACAAAUUCAAAUCCUGGUACACAGGUUGGGACCCAGAACUAGGAUUUUGACGCUGUUUCGCUGACAGACUAAACCGGCAGUUUAAUUCUGUCUGUGGCACAGGCUAACAUGUAACUGUUGUAGCUUUCAUGUAACUGGCCAAUAAAAAAGAAGAAAAAUUUGCAGCAAGUGAUAAUUUUUAUUGUGUUCCCUUUUGUAGCAAAAAUUUGAAAUGGAAGCCCAAGAAGUUGCAGGAUCUCAGUUCUCUGUUUCGCAGCAGGAGUCAUCUGCAAAGGGUGCAGUUUUAGAAAAUGCAUUAGAUAUAAAGGUAAAUGAACACUCACGUUAAAUAAUUGAAUAAUUUUUUAUUAUUAAAAUGACUUCCUCGUAUGAUUUUUUUUGAUGUUCCAAAUUGAAGUAAUUAUUACUUCAAAAUAAUGUUACUGGUUUUUUUAAAAUAGCUGUUGUGAUGAAUAUGCAGGUAUUUCUACAUGUGACAAGGUUUUAAAAGUGAAGUUCAUCAUUAUUCAUUACUGUUUUGUAGGUUGAGAAAUUCAGCAUUUCUGCUCGUGGUAAAGAUCUGUUUGUCAAUGCAAAUCUUAACAUCACUGCUGGUCGCCGGUAUGGCUUGGUUGGACCAAAUGGGUGAGAUACACACUGUUAUGCAGGCCUGUGCCUCCAGUAGAUGAAAGUAGUACUGAUGAUGUUAAUAUUAAUAGUGGAGCACCAUGGGAAACAAAAUUUGAUCAUAUUUAUUCUAUGCAUGCAAGAAAUUGUGGUUCUGAGAAAAUCACCCACACUUACAUCCAUAUGUAUUUCCACUCCUUCAUGUAAGCCGGGGUGUAGAGUGAGAGAUAAAAAAAACAAGGGAGAUGAAUUUUGUUGGAAGAAAAACGUGAAAAGUUUAUAGCAGCAGUGAGAAAAUGAGAAAUGCUAGUGGCCACCAAGGUGAAAAUGAGCGGCAAUGAAAAAUGCAAACAUGGAAGAACACAUAAAAGAUUUCCUCCUUGAUAGAACAUGUAACUAGGAAGUUUCAUGUUGUAGUCAUGCAAAACAACAACAGAGAAAUGUACAAAAAAGUGUGCUGUAUAAGCAAAGUUGUUUUUUUGCUAAUUAUGACCUACGGAUUUUUUUGUCGUUCUCAUUGCUGAUCGCCAUUUAGUGUUACUUGAUUUUAUUUUUUGUUUGAGUAUAAGUAUAUUAACGAAAGCUUUGCUUUUAGCUAACCCUGGAUAAAUCUAUAUAUUAACCUUUAUUAUAAGAGGUCUUUAAUAGAUGUCUUUUACCACCGCCUGGUUAGCUCAAUUGGGAGAGCACUGGUCUGCUAAGCGGGAGGUCACGGGUUCGAAUCCUGGCCGGACCAACACUCAGGGUCUUUAAAUAACUGAGAAGAAAGUGCUGCCUUUGUAAUGACAUCUGCAAACGGUUAGACUUUCUAGUCUUCUUGGAUAAGGACCAAAAACUGUAGGUCCCGUCUCACAGCAAUUACACUUAUCUGGUUCUUGUGGGACGUAAAAGAACCCACACCACUGUUCGAAAAGAGUAGGGCACAUAGACCCCUGUGUUGUGGUCAACCUACACGCAUCACAUCAUUCAUAUCAUGGGCUGGGUGGGUACAGUAAGCUCAUAAAAUGGACUGAGAGCGGCUGCCAGUGGCGCCUUUGUGGGCUGACAUCCGAACUUACUGUUGACAUGUUAAAAUAUGUUGUAAGAGGGCACGUCUGCUGUCCUCUCAUCCGCGACUCUUCAUUCAGGCUGUGUAUAAAAGUGGGACGGGGACAAGGGGACGGGGACAUCGGGACGCGUGUGUGGGGACUUAGGACUUGCGGACGCGAGACGAGGGACUUGGGGACGUCAAGUAUGGGACGCGGGGACGCGGGGACGCGGGGACGUCAAAAACUAGGACGCAGGGAACCCGGGAUGUUAAUGAUUAUUGCAAAAGUCGAAGGUAAAUGCGAUAUCUCUUUCUUCGUGAAAAUGUGUUAUUUAUGGUCAACAUUAGAUUGCAUCUUCCAAAACCACAUUGGACACCUUAUGAUGUUUACACAAAAUAUUUCUUUAUAAUAGAAGUAUUAAAAGCCCACUGACUAUCGUGAUCAGGUUAAGGGUUGAUUUCCACUGUCGCGUAAUUUUUCCAUGCCUACGUGCGUAAAAUUUACGUUCGCACAUAAAAUAGAGGCAAUGUCUGAAAGGCCGCACGUAAGCGUAAAAGUAGAAUCUCGCUCAACUUCACGUUUAAUCUCGACCAUUUAUAUCUUGCCUAUCUUAUUUACGUGAUUAAAAUUUACUUGCGUUAAUGUGCAUAGCCAAAAACGCGUCGGUGGAAAUCAACCUUUAAGUACUGUUAGCAAGCAUUUACUGUUAGGUUUGCCACUAAAAAUGUAGAACAAAAUAAAUAUUGCUGCAAUAGUUGAAUCCCUCGUGGUUUAGUGGUACAGGCGAUGGAUUUCGGAGUUAGAACUUCGGGAUUCGAAGCUCGCUAAUGCCACUUAAUUUUUAUUUAUUUGGAAUCGAAUGCUGUUAUUCUACAUAAUUUUUGGCGACCGCAACCCACCCUACCCUACUGGCUCCAAUAUUCCAUCAGCAAGAAGACUAGGACAACGGUUUCACUUUCUUCAAUGCAGGGGGUCUUCGCGAGUCUUCUCUUCGUAAACAGGCAUGGAGGAACCCUAAGGAGGGCAGGGUGGGUUUCCUUUCACCAAAACAUAUUCACGAGGAAAGUGACUGAUAUCGCAUUUACCUGCGACUUUUGCUAUAAUCAUUCACAUUCCGCCUCCCCUGCGUCCCUGUAUUUGACGUCCCCGCGUCCCCGUCCCACACGUCCCCGCGUCCCGUAGUUGAUGUCCUCAAGUCCCUCGUCUCGCGUCCCCACGUCCCAAGUCCCCACACACGCGUCCCGAUGUCCCUGUCCCCUUGUCCCCGUCCCACUUUUAUACACAGCCCUUCAUUCAUUCUCGUCAAAGGCAGCUUUUUCUCUGGUGCCUUUGUGGGCUGACAUCCGAACUUACUGUUGACAUGUUAAAAUAUGUUGUAAGAGGGCACGUCUGCUGUCCUCUCAUACGCAACUCUUCAUUCAUUCUCGUCAGAGGCAGCUUUUUCUCCUCCGUUAUUCAAAGACCCUGAGUGAUGGUCUGGCCAGGAUUUGAACCAGCGGCCUCCUGCUCAGCAGACUGAUACUUAUUCAACUGAGUUAACCGAGUGGCUUAAUUGUCACACAAUUUUACUAAGUUCAUGUAAAAUAAUUAUAUUGUUUUUAAUUCUUCUCUAAACAGCAUGGGAAAAACAACUCUUUUAACACAUAUUGCUGCCAGAAAGCUUGCCAUUCCUCCAAACAUUGAUGUCUUACUUUGUGAGCAAGGUAAGUGAGUGAAGCUGCUCUUUUGUACCUUGUGGGAAAAAAAUAUAGAAAAACUGCAUCAUUCUGCAUACCGGUAUCUUGUAUUUCCUUAGAUGUGGAAGCUACUGAGGCACCUGCAUUUGAUGUGGUGUUGAAGGCUGACAAGAAGCGACUUGAAUUACUGGAAGAGGUUUGUUACAUUUUUAUUAUAUUGUAGAUUUAUUUGAUUGAACACCCAAGGUGCUUAGUAAAUGUUUGGGCCUCGAUAGAAGGUGCUUUUUCAAGGUGGGUGCUUAUAUUGUAUUCGAGGUGUGGUGCUUACUAAAUUUUCACCAUUUUUAGCAAGUAGUAAGUUUAUUUUGCAGCAAAACAACUAAUAAUAACAAAAUGUGAAGAUUAUUCAUUAUAAGUGGAAAUUAUUUUAACUGCUUAAGUGCAUGAACGUUUCUUUAAAAUACUAAGAAAUGUUGGUCUGCAAGAAAGUCUGUUUAAUCUCAAUAAAUAGUUAUAAUAAUCUUUUUUGGGGGGGGAAAAGUAUGGAUGGCAGUGGUGUUUAUUCGAGGCUGCAAUGAUAUGGGUGCUUAUUAACUAUACCUUAACCUACAGGGUGGGUGGUUAUUCAAGGUUGGGCACUUAAUCAAAUAAAUACUGUUUUAUAAUGAAUUAUUGUCAUCAUCAUUGUCAUCACUAAAAUGAUAAGCAUGGCUGCACAUGUACAGUUACAUGUUGUCCUUUUGUCAGGCUCAUACAAAUUUUGUUAAAACCUGUGCUGUUUGUUAGGCAGAUGAACUGCAUUGAACACAUCAAGACUGUGUUUUAAGUAGGCAUCUCUAGGGAUCUGUAAUUUUUUUAUUCAUAUCAACAUUAUUUUAUUAUGAAGUAACCAUUUUUUAAUUAUGCUAGGAAGCACGGCUUGUUGCAUUGAGUGAAAAUGGAGAUGAGGCUGCAACUGAAAAACUGAAAGAGGUAAAAGAAAGACAGUCUUCUAACCCUUUUAACCCCAAGAUCAAAAUUUGAAUUCUCAUUUGUUGCCCCUAUUCAUUUCCCACAGAAGUAGUGGGGAGAAGUUGAUAAAAUAUCAAGCAAAUUCAUCUUGUGUGAUCAUGUCAUAAUUGUCAUGACCACUCUGUUUUACAAAGCAUUGAUAUUACAAGGAGAAAUUUGAUGCUGAUCACUCUUAAGGCUUAAAGGGUUAAGUGUCAUACUCACUAUGUUUCAACUGUUUGAAUUGCAUAUGAGGGGUGGCGAAGGGUACCUCGAAAAAUGUGGUUCUCGGAAAAUUUUGGCAGGAUCUCGAAAUCUCGGAAGCGUUUUUGAUAAGUCUCGAAGUCUCGUUUUUGCAUGGUUUGUUUUUACUUUUUUUGAGUCUCGAAACUCUUUAACAAAGAGUCUCGGGCUUGGAUUUCUAACUAGGAUCUCUUCGUCUCGGCAAGUCUCGGAUUUUCCAUUUGCCACCCCUCAUAUGUUACAGGUCAAAUUUGAUUUUGGGUUAGAAUAUUUUAACCUAGGUUGAUUCUCAUUCCCUUUGUUUUCUAGGGCUAGGAUACAAAGGUAAUUGGGAAACAGCCUAGGUUAAAUCAAAAUUAACCUGAAAUCAAAUUUGACUCGUAACACAUACGAAAAUGAGAGCUGCUUGAUAAUUUUUUUUAUGUUAUACUUUUUGAUUAGGUGUAUGCUGAUUUAGAGGCUAUUGGUGCUGCUUCUGCUGAGUCUCGUGUCCGCAGAAUCUUGGCUGUAAGUCACAGAUAACUUAUUCAGUCAACAAUUUGUUUUUUAUUCAAUGUGUUAAUUUUUGUUAUGUUUAAAACACGAACAGCAGUGAUUGAUACAUGGUCCCCCAAGGAUUUCAUGUCAAUAGGAUUGCUACUUAAUGCAUUUUUCUUUUUAAAACGUGUUGAUUGAAAAAAGUCAAACAAAAGCAGCAAAAAUAACAAAUGUUUAUGCAAAUGCAUUGUAAGUAUAAAGGUACUAAACCCUGGAAGUGACCACUGGCCCUAAUAUCUAAUGGCGAAAAUGAAGUUCAGAUUAACAAAAAAUGGUUUCAACCUAGGUUUAUUCUCAAAUUCCUUGAGAAAGAGAAAAAACAUCUUAACUGAACUUCAUUUUCACCUACAAUGUCACUCUCAAGGUUAGUACUUUACUUGGAGUCAAGCUCUGUUGUGUUGGCUCCCCUACCAUGUCAGUGUAAAAGUGCUCUAAAGUCUAAAGGUUAAUCCUAUUUUGAUCAUUACUUUGGUCUGGUAAAAAAAAAGGUAAAUUCAGUUUUAUUUUCCAAAGUGGAAUGAAGGAAAAGUAAGGAUAUGAAAGUUAAUAUAUAAGUCCUUAAUGAUUUAAAAUUGCUGCCACCUAAGCCUGAAGCAAGCGAGCAAGGCAGCAGACCUAAUCUGGAUAGGGACCAAUUUUUUUUAUUUCUAACCACAAUGCUAUGGAUUCUUACCAUAAUUCCUUGCACACCCAUUACCUUUAAAUAGCAAACUCUGCUGGCAUUUUCGAUUGUAUGAAGUUGGUUGUAGAUUGUUCCCAGUCCCCUGUUUUUCCAUAAGAUUGUAGAGGUCGAGUGCUUUUCCUCCUUCCCCCUCAGUAAGUAUGAAACCAUGAUAGCCACGCGUACCAGUAAGCGCUCUAUCCUGAUGAUCUUACAAAAAAAUAGGGGACUGUGAACAGUCUAGAAGUUCAUUGAGGUUAUUCGAAAUCCUUGAUUUAAUGUGUCUUUGUGAUGAAUUCCUCUUUUACGUUAUGUUGUCAUUAAUCGUUUUGACGGUCUUUAAAGCCACUUGUGGUAAGAGCCUAUCCGCACUUAAGGGAAAAAGUUGUUAUUUAGACAAAUUUUCUGUCAUCACCAAUGCAUAACAAAUGUGGAUGUAUUUUCCAUUAAAAAUAAAUUAAAUUUAAGCCUUUUAUUUUUCCCGAAAAUAUACAAAUUUUAGACAAAUUUUCUGUCAUCACCAAUGCAUAACAAAUGUGGAUGGUUUACCGCAAAUAUACAAAUUUUGGCCUAGACAGGACAAUCGUCAAAGGCACCGUGGACAAAAUUUGUUCCAAGUAAAAACUGUGCAAAAUCGACUAAAUUAUAUGAAAAUGUGUUUUUCUUGUCAAUCAUUAAAAUUAUUGUCUUAAAGCUAAUAAUUUUUCAAUUAACAAAAUAAUGAUACAGCAAUAAGACAAAUAUCCCUUGUGAAAACUCUUGUUCUGAAAACAUUCCCAGACAGUCUUUGGAACUUAAAUCCAAACUUAAGCUUUGCUUGCGACCAGGGUGAAGCCCACCUCUCAAGGUAGAGUGUCCUUGGUUAUGAAGAAGAUGAUCAUGACCUUGUGCCUUUUGGAAGAUCAGUGCAGUGUGAUGGAAUGCGUGGAAUAAAUCAUUGAUUGUGACAUCACAAAAUGAAAGAGGGAUAAUAAUAAUUGUGCAUGCCUCGAAUCUGACAUCCACUGUAAAAUCGAGAAGUAAUAAUAUUGUCUAGUAUGUCUUGUUAGAAUACACGAUUUUCAAUAAAAUUGUUUCAUUUACACCAAGGCUGCACUCUUUUACCUGUUAGGUACACCAGUAAAAUAAUAAAACACUCUUUUUAGCUUUUUCCUCAUUCAGUGAUAUUCUUAUUUAUCUUUAUUUGUCUAAUUUAUUUCCAGGGUCUUGGAUUUACAAAGGAGAUGCAACAGAGGCCGGUUCAUCAUUUUUCAGGAGGCUGGAGAAUGCGUGUCUCUCUUGCAAGGUGUUAAACUGUUGUCAUUCAACGCUCUAUAUUGAAGAGGGUCAUGAGGAAAUAGACCCUCUAGAGUGACUUUUGUUCUUAUGAUGUCAAAUUGUCCCUUCUUUCAUGAGAAAACACAAUGCAAUUUUGAGGGAAGAUCUAAAUUUUUAUCAAAAAUUUACUAGUGGCCAAUUUUCUGGGCAAUUCAAUUUGGCAGUUACUGACAGAAUAAAAUAUAGAAAUGCCAUAUUUCAGCAGAAACCUGUCUCUAAGAUCAGUUUAUUUCUAUAGAGGAUAUCUUAAAUAAUAUUUAUGAUCAUCAUAUUUUUUACUUUUAACUCACUUGCCUUAUAUUCUUCCAGAGCUCUGUUUAUGGAACCAACUCUUCUUAUGUUGGAUGAACCCACUAACCAUCUGGACUUAAAUGCUGUUAUCUGGCUAGACAAGUGAGUUCUUUCAUUGGUAUUGAUGGACUGAAGUUACCUAAGGUGUUUACACUCUUUUAGAUUAAUAUAGAAAUGACAUCUUUAGAUUAAUAUAGAAAAAUGACAUCAAAUUGUUCACAACUUACAAAGUCUAAAUCUUACCUGGUUCCUAAUCUUGGAAGCCAAAUUUAGAAGGAUUUGUAUGGAAGGUAAAAUCAGGUUAAACUAGCAUCUUUUCACAAAUUUCAUUUUUGUCUCCUAUAAAUAAUUAGUGGGCUGUAGGUAAAAAGGUUAAAAGAACAGCUAUAAAUAAUUAGGGCUAGGAAAGGAAGAACUUUCUAAAUGAAAAUAGGUUGAAUACUUGUUUAACCUGAGGAUGGAUAACUACAACGGAACCCCUCACCUGCUGCUGGUAGUUUCACUGCGAAGUUUUAAACAGUUUGAGGUCAUUUCUGGAGUUGUGGUUGAUUGGGGUUUUUAAUUGACAUUGAAAGGUUUUGAACAUGCAUUUCCCACUAUGUUUAUCCAAAAAUCUUUCGAGCAAGAAAAAGGAUUCCGAAAAAAAUUGUGCGGCCAUUACUUCAAUUCCAUCAUCUACAGUGUACAUGUAUACUUUCAUAUACAAUAGCCCCUGUUUCUAGUUAAUCAUUAUAUUGUGCGAUUCUGCACGGGGCGUUUGAGGAGCUGCUCUGAUCGUAACCAUUGUGCUUGUGAGAAAUCACUCAGUGAUUGUCAAAGUAGAUUUUUUUGUGGUCAAAUUCUUUUAACUUUGAUAAUAUUGUUGAUUGAAUUUCAACUGAAAGCAAAAUUUGAACCACAACAUAAAUUACAGACUGUAUACUAGUAAUUAGUGAAAUCCAACUAGUGGUCUAUUAUCAAUGCUGCAUUCUGAUUGGUUGAGCUACUACUAGGCUAUAUGUUAUAGCCCACUAGCAGCGAAAAGCGCCGGUUUUUGGGCGGCAAAAAAGGAUUAAAGUCUAGCUUUAACUAGCUAAAAAGUAAAUUUUUGAACUAGUUGGAUUUUACUAAAACAAUUAUUCCUCUUACAGACUUUAUACUGGCCUAAAUUGACCCUAAUUGUUAAUGGUCCCUUUAUGGUCCGUGAUAUAUAACUUGUGUUUGGCAUGUACUAGUUUUGUGUUGCAUUUCUUGGUGGAAAAGAUGAAUGUAUUAGAGAUUCAAAAGCUCUCCUUGUAAAAAAUCUGGAUUCAGAAGCAAACAAAUAGACGUAUUGUAUUAUAAAUUGGAGAAUUGACUGUUUUUAUAUUUAUUACGCUAUUAAUUUUAUUUUCAGCUACCUUCAAAACUGGAAAAAGACACUGCUAGUGGUAUCUCACGAUCAGUACUUUUUGGAUAGUGUUUGCACAGAUAUCAUUCAUCUAGGUAUGAAAACCAAAAUGUUACAGUGUAUAUGUUGUAGUUAAUUUUUUAUCUCAGGUAUUAAUUUUUUAUUUUUCCCUCGCUUCAACUUCAUUAGCAUACAGUAACAUACCGAAAAACAGAAGAAAAACAAAAACUACCUGACAUAAAAAAUUAACUACAACAUUUAUACAAGAAAACUCUGCUUUACAGUGCAACAGGGAGUGUACAAUAAUCAUGCACUGAAGUAGUUAGUUUCAAUAACUUUUAAAGAAGAUGUUAGGGCAAGUUAUUAGAAGUAGAUGGUGGCUUAAGUUAGUUCUCAUUAGUAUUCAAAUGAAGAACAAUAUAUAGUCGUACUGGUUUGAGUUCCCAGGUUUGGUAUUUGUAGUAUUUACAGUAAUAUUAAAUGUUUUAUCUACAUGUACUGGGCCCAUGUAGUGAUGUUUUCUAAUGUGUGAUUUACCAUUGUUUGUUUUGGGUGUAAUCUGCACUAAAUUCAUGUCCACUUUCCUUAAUAGAUCAACAGAAACUUUACUACUACAGGGGAAAUUAUGGUAAGUAUGGUCCAUCAAUCUGAUUACUGGUAUUAAUAAUGUAAAUUAGGAUAUUUUAUUUCAAAAAAUUAAUAAGUUCAAGUGAGCACAGGUUUUACUACUUGAAAAGCUGGAAGUGGAGUUAAUGAUCUUUAAAUAUGCCAAUUUCGAUGUGUUGAAAUUCAUACUUGGCUCUAAGGCUUAGGAAAAUAAUAGAAAAUAUAUAAUGGAAAUUGGGCUUGUUCUCCCAAAGAAAACACUGCAGGGAAAUUAUUACUUGUGUUCAUUGCUUAUGGUCAAAAAGGAGUUGAAAAUUUGUUAAGAAACUGAGAAUUAUUGAAGGUUUUUUUCCAUACAUCCCAAUUUUUUUCUCUACAUUGUUUUAGAGCAAUUCAAGAAGAUGCAUGUACAAAAGGUUAAAGAACAAGAGAAGGCUUAUAAUAAACAGGUACGUGUUUACCAUAGCUUUAUUUAUUUAUCUUUAAUUAACCAUUCUAAUUCGUCACUGACUACUGUACUGACAAGACAAGACAAGACAAUGUUUUAUUUGGAGUCUUAUACAGUCCUAUGUAUAUCGACUUUAUCCAAAUAAUUUAAAAUCAUAACAGAAAUUGCACACUAGUGGAACUAUAAUCAAUGUUAACCUAAACAACUAAUGAUCUUCUUUUCUCAUAGCAGUCGAAUACGUAUUUUGCAAUUAACUUUCACACUGGUUUGUUCUUGCUCGGAGGGUUUAUUAACAACAGAAAAACAUCAUCUGGUGCCAUUCUGUCUACUGAUAUUCUGUAUUCGUUGUUUAAAUAUUCAAAUACUGUAUUAGCCCCUGCAUGGAAGGGGGGUGGGGGUUGAGGGGUACUUCUGGGAAUUCUUGGUGUGGGUGUGCCAUCCAGUUAUCCAAAUCCUGACCCUAUUUCAGAGCAAAGGAUGUCAUUUUCCACAUCCGUUUUCAGAUCUGGGCUAUGUUGUUCAAAGCGUGGUUAAGAUGACCCAGGGGUAGUCAAUGCCAAAUUUGAAUUCAGAUAUAAAAGCUUAAAAAGCAAAUUCAGUUUAAUUCCUUUGGUCUGUAUUUUGGUGAUUAGAUGCUCUAAAAAAGAAUGGGGGAAAUUAUCCGAGAAAAGACUUUUAAACGAAAGAAAAAGAAACCCGGGGUAAAAUUUAACCCGGUGCUAGCGCUAAUCGGCGUUCGAAAAACUGGGCCCUGGCGUUUUCAGACCUGGCCUCUAAGAAAUUAUGUCAUCAUUACUCAGAUUAGAACGCAAAUAAAAAGCUUUCUUAAAAUGCGUUUCAAAUUCACAUAUUCAUUUGGAAUUGAAACAUACACUCCCAUAGUUCUCUCGAAAACCAUACCCGAUUUCAGACCAAAAUGGGCAAAGUCUAUACCCGUUUUCAGACCAAAACGGGGCAAAAACCCUACCCUUUGGGGUGGCACAUACCUAUAUGGCUUUUAUAAGGGGUACUCCUCAGCUAGCUCCUGCUAUUUCAGGAUGUAAAUGAACUUCAUGUAUGUAUCCUGUAUCACUCGAUUUAACAGAACCGAAUUUUUGUCUUAGAUGUUCUUCAUUAUAAUCCUCUAUUAUUUGUGCUCUAGAAAUCGCUGUAACUACGUCAUUUUAAGCCGGUAUACUUUAGUUUAGAGGGUGUCAGUUGUUGUUAAUAAAUAAAUUGAACACGUGUCAAUGCUUGGACUGAAAUUCACUUGUUAAUAAGGCACUUAAUGUAGAGCGUAUAUUGUUUUUGUUUGUUCCUCGCGAGUUUUGACUUGAGCAUCAGUUGUGAUUUUACGGCAAAAGGCAAACCGGUUCUAAUGUUGACCAAGUUUUCCUAUCGUUUACAAGUCUGAACAUCUUGUCGAGAAUAAGUAGUUUAUCCAUAAGAAUAACUUUGCACAGUUUUCAUCUGUUAAUUUCCUACUAUUAGAGAUUGUCAUCUUCAAUUUGACGUUUGCCGUUAGUGGUUUAUUGGUUAGCCAAUUGCGUGACAGUGAAUUAGUAGUUCAGUGUUGGAUGCGAGGGACUGGAUCAAGUUGUUCAUCGCGGCAAUAUUUUCUCGAAGUAUUAUUUGACUUAUUUUAAAGCUAUUGAAUCGCGCUAUGUCUGAGUUGGAAGAACUGGUCCGCUUGUUGUUCCACGGUUUUCCAGUUUAUAGGGAUUACGUUAAAUCUGUGAGGAAGAGCUAUGAAUUUCUUGAGAAGUAUCACUCGAACGAUGAGCUGAGGUAUGUCAUAACAGGAAGCUUCCGGGAAGGAUUUCCCGACAUAUUAUUCAGCGAUAGCGACUGGAUAGUGCUUCUAAACCCGUCAGCCGAGAUCUUGACUGUCGAAACUCAAAGUAAAGUUAUUCAGUCGGUUGCGGAAGCGCCAGCCCACGUAAAGCUUAUAAUUCCGCCGGGUGAUAGGGAGUACUUUGAAGAGAAGUACCCUACGAUUUCAACCUUCCUUGGCCUCUUGAAAACGGACGAAGAUAUCUGCUUUGUCUCGGCUGAGGAGGCAAGAAAACUUCACGAGAGGGAUUUUCUUCCUGAGUUUAUGGCCAAGCAAAAGCCGAGUGCACAGUAUACCACUCCAUCGACGGGUGUCGAGGAAAAAAUCUCGGUUGCCUACACCUUUCGUUCACCCCAUAAAAGGACAGGAACGCAUGGUAGAUUCGUCGAGACAGACCGCGUGCCAGCGAUCGAGUUCAUGGGAUGGCCGAAUGAAGCUAACGAAUGGAAAAUCAGAAAGCCAAGAAACUGGCCUAGUGCUGAUGUAGUGAAGAAUAUUUCCACCGACCGCUUCAUGAUUGUACCAAAACCUUCCGAUCUUUCCGGAGAUACAAAGAAAGAGUGGCGAAUUUCGUUUUCCAUCCCGGAGGCGAAACUUUUCGAGUGCUUCAACGAAGACCAAGCUAAGGUUUACUUUUUACUACGUUCAUUGUAUGCGAGGCAUUUGAAAGAAAAGCUAGGAGGAAUAUUGUCCUCGUAUCAUAUUAAAACAGUGAUGUUUUGGACGCUCGAGGAAGAGGAACCCAGUGCAUGGUCUGAAAAAAGUACACUGGAACUAUUCUUCCGGGUCCUCAAGAAGCUCCUUGGAUUUCUGAAGGAUGGUUCCUGCCCUCAUUACUUCAUUCGUAAUCAUAAUUUGUGUUACAAAACAUCAAAGAAAGAACUUGAAAAUGCUGCAAGUGAAAUUAGUUGUUUUUUGCAUGAUCCUUUGGCUAUUUUUGAAGAGCUUGUUAAUCCAAAUUUUCUUGGGUUAGUACCGCGUCUCGCUGUUUUAUCUAUGCAAGUGAAAGGAAAACUGGAGAAGAAAAUUUUGAGGUUGCCAACAUCUGAAGCAUACGCAUCCUUCUCCGACCCUGAAGCACACAGAGACCUAGAGUUGAAGUGUUUGUCUGAAACCUUGGAAGAGACUGCCACCUCUAUUAGAGCAUUUCCUUAUGGAGUUGCCUUGAUCGAGGUCUUCCUUGAGGCUCUCUUGCAAGGGCACCACUUUGCUUUCACUGCAGGGAAAAGUGAAGCUGACCUUGCCAAGAUUAAAUCGAGUUCAGUGCAGGAAGAUUUCUUGGUGAUGGACACAUCACAGAUGAAUCAGUCCUUGUUGGUUUGGAUGGUACUGGGAAAAAUUGCUGUUGACUUUAUGACGCAAGGAACAAGCGACAAGUUGUAUCAUUUCUUUUUUAAGAUCUAUGCAUUGUUUAGACACCAGGAUGGUCUUUUAACUGAUGAGAACAAGCAAACAAUGGACAUUCUUCAAACUCUUUGUUGUGUAACAGGGGCAUUUUUAGCCACAGUUGAUUUCACUGCCGACAAAAUUUCCUAUCAACAGCUACAUGCACUGCUUUGUGAAAUUCUUCCUCUGGAUGAGGCUAGUGCGCAGCCGCCAUGUAACAUCACUUUUGUUGUCUUUAUUCUUGGCAGUGCAACUUGUAAGAUGGGAAAAUCUUUCUUAGAGUAGCAACCUAAAUGUCAGUUCUCCUUUCUUUAUUGCUAAAUAAUUUAUAGGUGGUUUUCACGUUACGUCAUCGCCGCCAUGCUGGUGGACGGUAAAAAAAAGAUCGCUCAUUAGCUCGCUUUGUUUGUCCACCAGCAUUUGUUCAUUUCACCAUUGUUAUUUGUGUCUCCCGAAAUUGCAUGAAAACCACCUAUUGUGUAUUAUUCAUUUACCAUUGUGUGCCAAGGAAAUGAAUAUUUUGCUCUGACAGCUUUUAACACCAGGAUAUUUUAAGUGUUGUAAGAGUUUAAUACCAGUACUUUAUAUGUUUUAAGGGUACCUACAACACUGGGCUCUGCCUUACUUCGCUCUUUUUUUAUUAUUUGGGGAGUGGAGACAACAUUCAUGUGUUACAGUACGUCAGUUCUAAUUAAACCUACAUGGCGCCUACAUCAAUCACUGGAAGUGUAUUUUGCCUCCACUACUCAAGCGGUACACACAAGACAACAAUGUUCAUAUAUCGGCGCGUGGGCCAGCCAAGCCACUGUGCCGUUUAUUCAACAUAUAUGCAGAUAUGUACAAAUAUCAAGUAAUAUCUAUAAACGAAAGAACAGAAGCACCAAAGCCGGACACGAAAACCCCAAAAAACCAGCAGGUGGAAAAAACACGGGGAACGUGUGCCCCCGACCAAGGCAGUGGUGCAACCCUUGGGGUUUUAGGGUAUACUAGUGCCUAAACUAUAAACAUCAAUAAACACACGAAUAAAAUAAAAGAGAGAAAUGCAACCUAACACGGUGAAGGCUGACCGUAGAAUGCCUCACCUUCCUAACGACCACGAAUUAAAAACUCGAAUCCCAUGACUCACUGCACACUAACACCCUCCCCAGACCUCUGAUACGUGCCGGCAAAAUAGCAAUUUAUGAUAAUGCGGUGUAAUCACAAAUUACAUUUUUCGUUGGCCCUACUAAAAAUAACUUCAGAAAGCAAAAAUUAAGUUACACUAGUGAGUGGAAAGAAAGCUGAAAUGAAUAUUUAGAAAACAUCCAGGGCUGUGCUGUAGCAGCGCCCGGUGACCCAUGGCAUCUUAACUUGCUCUUGGGCACCUUGUAUUUCACAAUUUUUGCACUGGGUUCCCUUUAUUUUUUCUUAGAGCACAGCCAUGGAUUUGAUACAAGGUGGCAGAAAUGUGGAGGUGCAUGAAAACCAUGUACUAUUUUUCAAAUGCUGACAAAAUGUUCAUUACAGCCGUCUUUGCAAGUUUUUAAUUUCAUCAAAAAUAGCAUUAAACGACACUUAAAAACUGAAAAAAGGGUAAACUGUAAAGGCUAGUUUUUAAAUAUUAAAAGAUGUGGGCAAAUACUACUUAUUGUAUGUUCUUUAUUGUCUCUGAACCAGUAUAUGAUAGGAGCAAAAACGUGAAACCAGUGGUUAGAGAAAGAUCCUAAGCCUGAAAUUUUUUUCAGGGUUCUUUUUCCACCGCUUAGGUUGUUAAUUCUACUGCGAAGAUAAUGUUCACUUUCUUGCCUUUAUCCGGAGUUCAAAAUAAGAUUAUUUUCAUGUCAUUUCCACAAUGGCCUGCUCUCCAGUUGGCUUGAUUAGCUCAAGGGAUAAAGCGUUGCGUCCGGUUAUCGCAAAGGUCAUGUUUCGAUUCCCAUUCAAGCCUGAAUUUUUCAGGUUCUUUUCCAACCGCUUAAGUUGUUGAUUUUACCGUGGAGGUCAUGUUCACUUUCAGAUAACAAUGAAUUUCGGGCAAGAAGACUUUUUGGCGACUUGACUACUAGUUACCGAAGUAGUAAUACUCCUGGGCCCAGUUGCUCGAAGGCCGAUUAGCGCUUAACCCGGGUUUCCUUUUUCUUAUGUUCAAAAGUAUUUUCUCGGUUAAUUUUCUCUGUUAUUUUUAGAGUUUCCAAUCAUCAACUUGUAGAGAAAAAGAUAUAUAACUGAAAUGCUUUUUAUAAAAAAGCCUCCAAAUAAGAAUCCAAAUCUUGCACUAACCCUGGGUCUGAUCCCCAGCUUUGAACAACUCGGCCCUGGGUGCUUCUUACUACAGGAACCGGGUUAAACGCAAUAUGUGCCCACCAGUUAACCUUUUUUCGUCCCUAGCGUUGAUACCUACACACAUUUUUACAAUACCCUUGUUAGUAAUAUCUUAUCAUCGGAUGAAAUCCAGUACAUUUAAAAUGAAGCCGGCGGUAAUGACUAGUAGGCAAUCCAAGUGCCGUGUCAGUUUUUGGUGCAUUCGUUAUAUUAGACCAACUGAGUGUCAUUUCGAGGUUGUUAUUUCCUCUGUCGUUCCUUUGAGAUCUUAGAAUAGCAAUUUUUGCCUCAAGUAUUUGUUGUCCUAUUUCUUUCAGCAAAAGCAACUUAAAGAUCUCAAAGCAUCUGGGUCAUCCAAGAAGCAAGCGGUAAGAAAUGACUUUUGUCCUGCGUUUAUAAUGUAGUAGAAUUCUAGAGUAAACUUACUGACUUGAAUGGUUUUGGUGAAAGAUGUUUUUCUUCAGUCAGUGACACAGUGGCUCGGAAGAACAAAUCCUAGUCUGACUCCCAAUAGAGGCCAAACCUAUGACCUUAUGGUGACUUGUCCAGAUGCUCUACCACUAAAGGCUGGUUUUCAUUAGCGACGGAGUCGGAGUCGUAAGCGGAGUUGUAAGAGUGCUUAUGACCUAGUGAAAAUCGAAAAGGGUGAUCAGAGUCGUAAGCUGGCGGAGUCAUAAUGGCUACGGAAUCGGAGUCAGAAGAAUCAGAACGUUUCCAUUUCUUCCGACUCCGCUUACGAUGUCGACUCUUACGUUCCGCCUAUGAUCUACUGAAAACCAUACUGUCGGUGUCGGAAGCAGAAGCGGAAGGAUAAACCAAUCACAAUUCACGUUCCCACGCUUUGUGAUUGGUUUAGUUCUUCCGCUUCUGCCUCUGACUCCAACAAUCUGCUUUUCACUAGAUCAUGAGCGGAACGUAAGCGACGGAUUCGUAGGAAAAGGAAUCGGAAUGCUGUUUUCACUAGACCAUAAGCUCUUGGCUUCUGAUUACGACUCUGAAUCCGACUCCCUUGGUAGUAAAAACCAGCCUUAAGCUACAGGAGACUGGUGGGAGCUAUGUCCAAUAAACUAGGUUCAUGUGACAGACCAACAUCCUGCUGAUAGCAUGUCAACAAGGCAGUUUAACCAUUUAAGCCCUAAGAGUGAUCAGCAUCAAAUUUCUCCUUGUAAUAUCAAUGCUUUGUAAAACAGAGUGGUCAUGAAAAUUAUUGACAUGAUCAUAAAAGAUGAAUUUGCUUGAUAUUUUAUCAACUUCUCCCCACUACUUCUGUAGGAAAUGAAUAGAGGCAACAAAUGAGAAUUCAAAGUUUGAUCUUAGGGUUUAAAGGGUUAACUUCCAUAUAGCUCUUACUUCCUGUGCUUUUCGGUAUCAGUCAACGAACCAAAAUAAGUAAAGAAGAAAAAGCUGUUGAACUGCUAAACACCUCAAGAGCCCUACCCCAUUCGUCAUUUUGAAGCGAUGUGAUUGCUACUGGGUCGUUUUCGUGUUCAAUUUCACUAUGGGAGUGUUUUGGGGCACGAGUUUUUACCCAGUUUCCCGUGCAGCGUCGUAACAGUCAGUCAAAGAAGCCAUAGCAUGACAGUCCCAUAUUGCAAUUCGCCCUAACAUUGACCUUAUGCACAACUCCAAAGUGGUCAAUCCAGCGGUACCCCUUCUAGGCGUAUGCAUUUAGCUUAAAUAUGUGUCUCCCGGAUGUUUUCCCUCUAAGGUAAUGUUAAUGUUAAAAGUAAUUCUUUCUAAAAGACAUUUUACAUGUUUUUUUUUUAGUAGACUGUUCACAGUCCCCUAAUUUUUACGUUAGAUCGUCGAGAUCGAGCGCUUACCGUAACCUGCAGCCAUUUUGUAAUUGUUUUUAAAUGUACCGAGGGGGCGGGCGUCGGGGUUUUGAGUCAUCUUCACGCCACACUCGGUCAAGAAUGCUGCCUGUAUCGCUCGAUUUCGACGAUCGUACGGAAAAAUAGGGGACUGUAAACAGUCUAAUUUUUUGGAUCUUGUCUAUGUUUUAACAAAAUCAUGUAACCUGAGAUCAGGUCCAACUUUAACAGCUUUCAUACAUUCUCUUCAUUCUCUGGUCGCGCUAUUAUUGGGCACUCUGCCUUACCCGCCGGAAAUUUAUUUACCAGUCGAGGCGAACUGAUAGAUCCUGAUCUCAAGUUAAACAAAAUGUGGCAGUUGGUAAAUUUGACCUGCUAAAAACACCACUUUCCUUUUAUCAUGUCUUGCAAAAAUGCACCGCUGAUACCCUUGGAUGCUUUUAGGAUUUCGAAGAUUUUUACGUAGUUAAGGCUAAGAAGAAAUUUUAUGAAUGUCUGCAACAAUUACCCUAAAAGUGGCGGAGGCGUUCAUUGAAAUCUUGGGUUAUCUUCUUGUACUGUUUUUUCUGCUAGCUUGCAGAGUAGGCGUUGUUUUAACAAAAGCUCAGAGUUACACUGAUUGCCAGCCUCUCCCUUUUUGACUCGCCCAAAUUCACUGUCAGUUUCAACGCCCAAGAAACUUCUUUUAAAACUUCUUUUUAAAGGAGGAAAAAACGAAGGCUGUUCAAGGAAGGAAAAACAAAAAAGGAGGGAAGAAAGGAGACAUGGAUGAGGUAGAGAGGUUUAUCUCAGCUAAGUUAGUUAGACUAAAGGCUACGAUGUCUGUGUAGAGAAAUUAUCAGUAAAAUCCAUCGUAGAUUUGGCACGUCGCACAAGGAAAACCUUCCAUGUGAUUGUCUUAUGAAAAUACGGACGUAAAAAACUUGUGGUAAGUGAUUCAACCUCAUUCUGGUGUUUGAGCCAAUAACAAGCUAGUCUGUAGUACACAGCCGUUUUUAGUGUCGUCACGCACGUUACGUGACGACACUAAAAACGGCUGUGUAGCAGACUGAUAACAAGCCCCUGACCCCUAAUUCCAAUGGGCAUUUGCAGCUCGUAGUCACGUGACCUGUUUAAUAUGGGAUACAGCGUAAACAAUAUCAGAUGGAAAGAGCAAAGAAAAAUGAGCCAUAGAAUGCCAAUUUUGAGGUGAUCGACACAGAAGACUGGUCUGGAAAAUCCAGCUUACAAAUAGAUCGAAAAUUUGUGUCGAUUUUAAUCGAUAUUCACCUUGUAAUUCGUUUAACCGCGAAUAUGUUGAUAAACCACUUGUUAUAACUUGAACAGAUUUUUUUUUCUCACAGGUAAAUUAUUUAAAGAUCAAAAAAGCUAAAAGACAUUACUUCCUGCAGUCUUUCAGUUAUUCUCAAUUUACUCUGUCAUGGAUUUGAAAUUGUUUUGUGUUUUUAGGAUGAUCUUGAACCUGUGGAGCUUAUUAAGAAACCCAAAGAGUACGUAGUGAAGUUCUCAUUUCCGCUUCCGCCACCGCUCAAUCCACCUAUCUUGGGUUUAAAAUGUAAGUCAUGUUAAAUUCACGCAUUCUUUAUAACUUGUUGUUUCUGACCUUGAAGCAAGUGUUGUUUGAAAGUGGUAGAGACGGAAUCCACCAAGAAGUUGAGUAAUUUUAAUUUUCAGUGGACAAAAACCUUCUUUACAAUCUUUUUUUACAUUUUUCAAGGACGAUAGAUGUAAUUAGUUAUCUGUAAUAACACCAAAGUAAAUUUCUUAUGGGAGCCAGAGAAAAUAAAAGUCAAAUUUCACAGGAAUUGUGAAAAAACAUAUGAAAUUUUGAAAAUUUCAUGUGUAAGAUGUCAUUUUUGAAAUUUGACAUUUAUUUUCUCGGGCUCUAGUAAGAAUUUUUCUUUGGUGUUAUUACAGAUAACCAAUGACAUCUUUAGUCUUGAAAAAUGAAAAAAGGAAUGCAGUAUGCUUUAAAUUAUUCUGGUGCAAGGUUUUUGUCCACUGAAAAUUAAUUUACUCAGUUUCCUGAUGGAUUACGUCCUUAAACAUUUGUUCAACUGUUGUAGUGUCAAUAAAACCAGUGUUUUGAGUAGGUUGUAUAAGUUAGAGGCAUAAAUCAAAAUGUCUGACGUUCAGCCUAGUCAAACUCUUUGCUUUACAACUACAACCCUGGUCAAAACUCUUGGGGCAAUAACGCAAUAGCUCGUCAAAAGGACGCAUUUUCCCUCCCCCCUCCCCCUGGUGCAGUGUUGACGUUAUACAUCGAAGUCUUUUUCUCUUUAUCAACAUUGCUUGGGUGUGAGGGGACAACACAAAUAGACGGCUCUUACAACAAUUUCCCAAGCUUUUUUAUCGGAUAGAAUUCGAGUUAAUUUAGAGAAGUACUGACUUGUUUCUGUUUUAUUGUAUACCAACAGCCGUCGAAUUUGGAUAUCCUAACCAACCAAAGCUAUUCAACAAUCUGGAUUUUGGAAUCGACAUGAAGUCUAGAAGUAAGAAAUCCCUGUCUUUUAUGACAUCGUGCGAAGAGGAUGCGGGUAUUAAUUCGAGCCUAAUAGAUCGUAAUUAAUUGGGCCAGUAGGAAAACACGUAGACAAAACAACAAGCUGAUAAAUAAAAUAUUAUUCAAGCAAUAGACCACACUUUCUAUGAGUUUACCGGCGUGAUAACCCAGGCGGGAUGUUGGGAGAACACGAGAAAAGCUUGUAAAUCAGGAGCCGAAGGCAAGUGAUUUACAAGCUUUUCAAGCUUUUACGAAAGUCUGCAAGGCGUCAAUUAACCGUUUUAUUAUAUCCAUUUUGAAAUCACUGGUGACCCCUACAAUCUGAUUUGCUCUCAGCAAUGUGAUUUAUUCAAGAAUCACACUAUUUUUUGCUCUAAAUCGCAUCAUUCAUGUUCUAAAUCGCAUCAUUUCUGUUUUUGAUUGCACCGUUUUCACUCUAUAUCGAAUCAUUUCUUUACAGUUGCUGUGGUAGGUAACAAUGGAGUGGGCAAAAGUACAUUCUUGAAGCUUUUAAUUGGUCAGCUUGAACCGGUGAGUGACUCAGUAUAACCAAACGAGUGAAGACUAAGUUAAUUGCAUUGCUUUCAGAGCUGUAUCUCGGUUUCGUUUUUCUCUGUGGGCAGAUUUCGCAAAAACGAAGCGACGUCAAAUGAGAACUGCGAAAGCGCUGGGAAGGGACUGAACACGUCAUUCGUUGUUCACUUUUCCGCUCUAAUAAUAACAAUAAUAAUAAUAAUAAUAAUAAUAAUAAUAAUAGUAAUCUUGUAAAAACCUAUACACAAAAGAAAAAAAAACUGCAGUAGGGUAAUUAUAGUUCCUCGCCAUAUAUAUACAUGAAAUUCUUAAACUAAAAGCAUAGGAGUUAGUUGAAAAAUAUAUAUAUAUAUAAAUUCAUUGUAAAACAUGUGCAUGACAAAACCAUCCAUUAUGCCUAUCAGCCUCUAUCAACCUCUAAAUAGUAAUAAUAGUAACAUUAAAAAGAAAGAAAAAUUUUUAAUAAUAAUAAUAAUGAUAAUAAUUUAUUAUUUGUAUUGCGCAAAUUCCACUGAUGUUUAUAUGAUCAAAUGUGCAUCUGCCAUUGUUAAAGUCCCAAGAGUGAUUAAUAUCAAUUUUCUCCCAACAAUAUUUGUACAAAAUCAAGCAGAAGGGUUACUAGAAUUAACAAAAUGAUCACCAAAGUGUCUUUGUCUUUGUUAAAUCUGCCUAGGGUCUUACACGCCAAACCUUGAAUAGACUUAUGUUAAAUGAAUGAUCUUCAAAUUAAGGCGGCGGAUCGCCCUCAAAAAUCUGAAACGGGAAACUUGUUCAACUCCCGCUGUUUUUGUUUGUUUGUUUUUUCUUCUAGCUUAAAGGUGACUCGGUACGGAAUCACAGACUUGUAAGUAGAAAAUACUUAUAAUUUUUCUACCCCAUAUUCUUAAUAAAUACUCUAUAGAUUGAUAGUCUCAUGAGUAUCAAAAACAGCUCUUAUUGCUUUAUAAUAAAUGAAGCACACAAACCUGACAACUAGCCUGCGAGCAAAACAGCUAUGAACCGUUUGAUUAUAACCAUUUCACUGGAGUCUUUCCAUCCAAGUGCUGUUUUGUUUUGUUUUGUUUUUAAUGUUUCGUUUUUGUCUUAUUUCUUUACAGCGCUUAGGCUCGUAUAAUCAGCAUUCUGCUGACCAGGUAAUUUUUUAUGUUGUCUUUUGUCAAUGAAGCAUUUUGACAAAAAAAAAAUUAAACGUCAUUACCUGUUAUCCUAUAUUUGUAGCUGAACAUGGAAGAGUCACCAGUGGAGUAUCUUCAGGUAAAUAGUUUUGCUUAUGUCUGUCCGUCGGUUUAAGUGUUCUCGCGUAAUUUUAGUUGAUAACUAAAUAGCAUGGACUUAUAAAAUGAGACGUUCAGCCUCCAAUCGAAAUCAGCCGUCCAGUUGCUUUGGGUUUGUAUUGCUGCGCCUUCUGAUCAGCAUUAUUUGAAGUAAAUUCAUAGACAACAACCGUGGCAUACUGGGUUUUCCCGCGAACACACCUGCUUGAAAAUAUGAUUGGUCCAUCGGGUGGCUGUGUCUUGUGUGAUUGGCUACACUCAUCACUUGAGUUUUAAAACGAAAGUCAAUUGAAAGCCGCGUUUUAUGUUAAAUUGUUGUCGAAAAGUUGUUUUUUUUUUGCUCUCAGUGUUUUCAAAUGAAGUACACCGGCGAAUAUCCAUGCCGAACUUGUUUUCAGGCUUCAGCCAUACUUAUUUAUCUCACUGUUUACUGGCCGUCUCAGAUUUUUCCCAGAUAUGUCUGGAAAACCUCCUGAAUCUCUUAAAGACGCCAUUUUGAUUUGUGUGAAGGGAGACUGGAAACAAGCAAUUGGAAAAUUUUAACCGUGCUAACACUAUUAUCGCCAGCCAAUUGCCGACUUGUAUUGAUGUUGUUCUCUUUACCGUUCUUAGAGGAAAUAUAACCUGGAUUAUCAAACAUCUAGGAAGCACCUGGGAAGGUUUGGGUUGGUGAGUCACGCUCACACCAUCAGAACGAAAGAUUUAUCAGGUAAUUCGCCAUCAGGGUCGGAAUGAAACUUGAACAAUUUUCUCAACUUGCCUCGGGAGUUUUUCUUGUUUUGUUAUAAAGCCUAUUACACUUCUGUCAUUCUCCACUGAAAGUGAGCAUCUAAAUUUCCAUUGUCAAUUAGAUAUAUCUGUCAUAAGGAAAAAACGUUUAAUGAGCAUGCUUUUUUCUCAGGCGGUCAGAAGUCACGUGUAGCUUUUGCCGAUUUGGCGCUCAGCAACCCGGAUGUAAUUGUGCUGGUGAGUAUAUUUGACCAGAAAAACUUUGCAUAAUAAUAGCCCACGUUCCAUAACAUGACUCCGAGGGUUUAGGGUCAAAAUUGCUAAUUUUUUUACGACUCCAUUGUCUCGUAAUUCCCAGAAGAGACUUGAGUACAAAGAAAACUGAACCAAAUGUAGAAAAAUGACCAGAAAGCCUCGGAGUCAUGUUAGAAUUAACCCUGCGGUAGACUAGCAUCCCGUCUAAGGAGAGUAGCAAUACUCCUAGGCCCUGCUUCAUGCUACGGAAACUGGUGUAAGCUCCGGCCGUGUGGGCCUUUUGUUCGUGUGCACCUUUACCUUUUACACAUUUCGGUGUUACUUACACUCAGACGAGAUUUUGUUACGAGGAAGUUGGUUAGAAAACAAAGGAUUAAUAUACGUGCUGCUUUGCGAAGGACGUCGUCAGUAUGGAAUUUCAACAGUCGCUGCCCAGACGUCAUUUCGCGGGGAAACCGGUGAUGGCGUCGCAAAAUGUCGGCUGUUUUCUCAGGCUAAAGUGUUUCUUACCAAAAAAGUAUCGGAUCAAUUUAGGUUUGCGGGAAACUGCCAACCUACCCCUCCGCUAAGCCAACAUUUUGCCCUAAUUGGGAAGUAAGUGUUAAUGUUAGCUUAAGGGGAGGUAGCCUGCGAAGCGCAAACGUAUUUCCGGUGGUCGCUUCUCUCCCUCCGAAAAGGAGAGAAGCGACGACCGGAAAUACGUUUGCGCUUCGCAGGCUAAAGGAGAGGGGUAGGUGGGCAGUUUCCCAGAAAUCUAAGUUGAUCCAACAUAUCAUCAGAAAUGUGCUGGUGGGCUUACUUUGCAGAAACAUAAUCGUUCAUGCAAGUAAAUAAUGUUCAAUGUUAUCGCGUCAAGCUGAAGCGUGUUAUAUUUUUCCUUCAGGAUGAACCCACCAACAACUUGGACAUCGAAUCUAUUGAUGCACUGGCUGACGCCAUAAACGAAUUUACUGGGGGUAAGAGCAGAAUUUGAGUGUGAACUCUUAGUGUUUUUUAAAAUAUAUAUAUAUGAAGAAAAAUAUGAGCACCACUGGAGGUACAAGCUCUAGUUCUCAAACCUCAAGUGCGUGAGGCCUUAUUUGCACUGUCGUAUUGCUAAAGUGACAGAUUCGCAUUGUCUCGCUCCGCUAGCUAAAAUCGUCGGAAAUAUGCGCUGAGCUUAAGGUUUGUGGAAAGAAUCUAGACGGGUGGCGUUGGAGCGGUGAAACACCCUGAAAUGUAUCUGUCAUUUCAUCUACAAAAACUAAUACAGUAGAAUCUCCAAGUGCGACCACCUCUCUCACGGUGUUCUUUAGGCACCGGAGAUCGGAGAAUUCUCAGUUUAGGCUAACGUUAGUUAGCCUAUAAGUUAGACUUGCAGUCUCUAUUAAAAUAUUCUUCUGUAGCGGUACACCUUUCUGCCGCUACUAGAAUUCUUAAAGAAAACUCCGCUCUCGUAGGCGACCACCUUCCAUAAGCGACCAUCUUUCCAAAACACCAAAUUUUUCUUAGUCAAAGCCCUAUAUUUUGAACCUGUCGCAAACUAACGCCUCUCAUAAGCCGGCGGCCACGACUACGAAGAAAGCGGCGAUUUUGUUACAAAUAGUUAUGGUGCGUCCUCUAGACUCUUCACAGUCCUCUAUUUUUCCGUAAGAUCGUCGAGACCGAGGGCUUUGCGUUACGGGCUGCCGUCUUGUAUGAGUGUGAAAACUACUUAGGGGGCGGUCGGGGUCAGUUUGGGAGGAAGCUAUAAUUCCCGACACCCGCCCCCUCGGUACAUUUGAAAAUCAAGAUGGCCGCCAUUACCGGUAAGCAAGAGGCGCUAUAUCUCGACGAUCUCACGCAAAAAUAGGGGACUGUGGACAGUCUAUGCGUCCUCGGACCCGUCUUGUGAAAAAUCAUGAGUCCCAGUCCAGAACCAGUGAGUCCCAUUUAAAAAAAGAGUUCUAAAUUGAAGAAAUAUACACCGUCAAAUACAACCAUAAUAACGGCCUCACAAAUCACACUAACAGGAUAAAUCCCCACCCUCAAGGAAUGAAGGCUGGCAUGAGAUAAUAUUUGUAGAACUUUGCUAUAGUUGUUUUUGUUCUGGCUUUUUUAUUUUUAUCAGGAGUGAUAUUAGUAAGCCACGAUGCGCGGCUUAUACUGGAAACAUCGUGUCAACUUUGGGUUGUUGAGGACCAAGACAUUUCUGAAGUGGAUGGAGAUUUUGACGAUUACAGGCAAGAAAUUUUAGAGAAACUUGGAGAGGAAGUCAUCGCCAAGUCGCAAGGCAGCUGA